AAAGACCAUGCAGGUGAAUAUAACACAUAAGCAUUCACCUCCACGCAAGGCACAGGUCCUUAAAAAUUUUAGCAACAUAAAAAUAAAGGUUAUUUGCAUUUUGACUGUGAAAAAUGGGCAAGUAUAAUCUCCGUUGCAACCGAGUAGUUAGUGAAAAAUUGUUACAAAAAGAUUUUAUAUACGACUCAACUAUAUUACCAAAAAAGAAUACAGAAAAACAACCACGUGCUUCAACAACACGAGUACCUCGGCCACAUGGCUCAGUUUGUUCGCCAAAUGAUUGUGUAGUUUCAUUGGAAAAAGAAGAAGAUGACAUUGAAAUUCCACGUGAAACACGAGUUUUACAUUUCAAGUGCAACUUUUGCAAUGAGCCAAUUGCAACAAGGAUGUCACUAUCAACUCAUGUUAAAUCACAUUGUCGUGAAUACUGCAGAAUAUGUUUUUGGGUUGUUCAAGAUGAUGAAAGUAUUGAUGAACACAAAAACAAACAACACAAUACAGAUUUAAAAUAAUUCAUGAUAUAUACUCAA